AUGAUAAAAAUUUAUAAAGAAUAUUUAGGUACCGAAAAUUACUUCAGCACAAUAUUUUCCUAUAUAAUUUUACAUCUUUAUAAUAAAGAUAAUUUCUUUAAAAAGAGAACAAAUAAGAAUAAUUUAUUUGGAGAUUUGAAAAAGCCGUUUUAUUUAAAUAAGAAAAGAGUUAUCAUUCAAAAUAAAGAAAUAAAAAAAAAAAACCUAGUACUUCAUUUUUCAACAAGCCAAAUUAGUUACUUCUAUUAUCAUUACUUUGUUUAUAUAUUGUUAGCGAAAUUGAAAUAUUUGAAUAGUUGUGAAAAAAAUGAAAUUAUACAAAAUGUUUAUUUAAUAAAUAAUAAUACGCAACAAGAUGUGAAGGAUUACAUAUAUAAUAAAAUAAAUCAGAAUGAAAGAAAUAUAAUUUUUUGUAAUAAUUUGCUACCAGGAGAAAAUUUUAAUUAUACUAACACUCUAGGCAUAUUUUUAGAAAAUAAAUAUUUUUUAGAUCUACCUUUUAAAAAUUUUAAGUCUACACAUAAUGUAAGAAAUCAUACAUAUUUAAAAAACAAUAGACAUAAUAAUUGUAUUAUGUUAAAGAAAAAAAUAUUUAAUUUGAAUAAAAAGAAUCAAAAAAAUAUUAUAUAUCCCAAUACAUUGUACAUAUCUUAUUUUUUUAAUAACGAUUUUGAUAAAAAAUGUAUAAAAUUAAUUAAAAGAAAUAAGCACUUAAAUAUACUGUUAAAAUAUAAUCAUAUUAUAAACGAAAUAAAUAAAAACAUACAAUGGUUUAAACAUUAUUCAUUUUAUAAAUAUUAUACUGAUGCAUAUAUAAAUUUCUUGAACUAUCGAAUGGAUAUAUUUUAUCAAUAUAUCAAUAUUUUUAUAAACAAAAAUAAAAUAUAUAUGCAUACAAGACGAAAUAAUAAUGCUAUUAUAUAUUAUUUUAAUAAAUAUAAACAUAUUUUUUUAAAUUCAAAAAUAUUCUUUCAUUUUAUAAAUAAUAAAAAUGUAUAUGUAGAUUUUUCCAAAGGUGCUGAUUUAUAUAUAAAAUUUUUGCAGCUACAAGAAAAAAUUUAUAAUUUAUCAUCAACUGUAAAUCGAAAUAUUUUUUUAUUGUCAUCCAACUAUGAAGAUAUUAAUAAUAAGACCAAUUUUAAUAAACCCAACUUAAUUAAAGAAAUAAAAAGAAAUGUAAAUAUACACAUUUGGACUGAUUCUCAAAAGGAAGAAUUUUAUUAUAAUUUAAAGAAAAUUAAAUUUAAGAAAUUUUAUAAUUAA